AUGGGUGAAGUCAGAUAUGAUUUUGAACGACUGAGCAACAACAUGGGAAGAGUAGAAAGACUACUUCACUGGGAUAAACCUAUUGAAGAAGCUUAUUUUCCUAAACUUGAUAACAUACUUGCGAGUAGAGUCUGGCCUUCACGUCUGAAAAAUGCUAAACUUCAAGAUAUCAAUCGAGAAACGGAUGGACUCAUGAUUGACAUUCAAGACUUGCAACGAUAUCAAGAAAGAAUCUAUGAAGCUAUUCAUCAGCGGGCAGCUGUAAACGAGAAUGGAGAAUUAGUGCCUUUAACAGAAAGUAAUGGCAUUGAAAUUUUAAGCCAUCUGGUUCAGUCUACUGGUCUGUCUAUCAAUGAGCCUUAUUAUGGUGCUCUGAAUAACGAUGGGCAUACUGUAAUUGCCUUUAUCCAUGACCCUGAUGGAAGACAUUUGGAGCAAUCAGGCGUAAUGGGAGGCACUGCAACGUCCGUGAGAGAUCCCAUCUUCUACAAAUGGCACAAAUAUAUCGAUGACAUCUUCCAAGAGUACAAAAACUUGUUACCAAGGUACACUGAACAACAGCUAGAUUUUCCAGGAAUCACGGUGACUUCUGUGGAAGUAGUUUCAGAAAACGCGCCAAGGAAUGAGUUCGCCACAUUUUGGCAGAGGAGUGAUAUCGACCUCUAUAGGGGACUUGACUUCACACCCCGUGGACCAGUGCUUGCUCGUGUUACUCAUCUACAACAUUCUCCUUUUUCGUAUCUGAUACAGGUGGAAAAUGCAGGACCACCGGUAAGAGGCACCGUGAGAAUAUUUUUGGCACCUAAGUAUGAUGAAGGAGGUCUGCCUAUGUUGUUCCGAGAGCAAAAACUUCAAUUCAUUGAAAUGGAUCGUUUCAGUGUUGACCUGCUUCCUGGUACCAAUAGAUUUGAGCGGCCGUCUGUACAAUCAACUGUGACAGUGCCUAUUGAGCGCACUUUUAUUAAUUUGAACAGCUCCGAUCCCACGAAUUCAGAUGGUUUCGUCUACUGUGGAUGUGGAUGGCCACAUCACAUGCUUGUUCCGAAGGGAAAGCCCGAGGGACUUGUAUCCGAACUAUUCGUAGUGGUGUCUGACUACGCUAAAGAUCACGUGGAGCAGCCGCCGCCCUCCGGCUGCCGGCAGCCCGAGGUGUACUGCGGGUGGCGGGGCCGCCGCUACCCAGACGCGCGCUCCAUGGGCUUCCCUUUCGACCGCAUGCCUCGGCCCGGCGUUGACACCUUACAGCAGUUCCUCACUCCGAAUAUGAGAGUGCAGGAGACUGUCAAGAGCAGAGGAUUGUUGUACUUUUUCUACUAUUUCAGAGAGGUGGAUAUUCUCAUCGUCCUUCACAUCUUCCAUUACCGGGAAUGUACUGCAAUUGAAACUAUCUUGAAGCCGCCAUAA